AAGCGCACACGUCGCCGGUGUGCGUGCUACGUCAUCACGUACUUCCGCAAAGCAGCCGGCGGUCACCAGGAAAGAGGAUAUCUCAUUCAUCUGCUCCUCCAGUCAAAGAUGUUCGCCUGGGGUUCGCAUUCACUCAAGGCUCUGACUACAUGAGUAACUGUACCAUCCGGUCCCGUCCCAUCACCUGACGUUACGGAAGCCCCACCUGUUCAUUUUAACGGUAGGUCGCGUCACAGGUGCACUUCUGUUAUCGCGACAUGUUUCUACGGUGGAGAUGUUCGCGUGUGUAAGAGGUGUCGGCCAUGCACACCGAUGUAAAGGGACGCUUCUGCCCUCAGCUGUGUGAAGACCCGCAGGCGGGAUGAUCUACAUCAUUAUGGGAGUCUCGGGCUGCGGAAAAAGCGCCUUAGGGGCCUUCCUGUCAGAAAAGCUGGGCUGGCCCCUGCACGAAGGGGAUCACUUCCACCCACCAGGGAACGUUGAGAAGAUGGCUCGUGGUGAACCACUCACAGAUCAGGACAGAUUGCCGUGGCUUUUCAGACUACAUGAAGUCAUUGAGAGAGAAAGGUGCUCCCGCUCCGAUGCUCUUGUGGCGUGCUCCGCCUUGAAGCGCCUGUACAGACAGAUUCUGCUUCAUGGCUCCAAAGCCCUGGAUUCCUCCUCCGGUCCAGGCCGAGAUGUCCUGCCUCCAACCCAUCCCGAUGUCUGUUUCCUCUUCCUACACGGCAACUACGAUCUUAUUCAGCAGAGGAUGGUGGCCCGCAGGGGACACUACAUGAAAGCAGACCUGCUGCGUUCCCAGUUUGACAUCUUGGAGCCUCCGUCCGAAGGAGAGAAUGUGUUGCCUCUGGACGUCAGCAGGAGCAUGACUGACAUGGCCACGGAGGUCCAGAAGCACAACGCUCGGCCCGAGCCGUCCAUAUCUAGUUAAUGUCGUAGAUUAAAGCAUCAUUUCAGUUGUGGCACAACAGAGAAGCUUUUGGUUUGAUCUCCUCAUCAGCGCUUCAGCAGAGCAUCUUUAUGAUCCUGUGGAGCAAACACAGUUGGUGCCAUUCCACUAUAUUCUUGCUGCAGAGUAUUUGAUAAGGCAAAGGUUUCAAUUUGAUAUGAACCUUCAAUAGUAUGCCUCAAAGAAAAAGGCGAGAAGUUCACACGAGCAGUGAUAUUAACUAUUUUUGAAUUUAUGAAGAUUCAUUUUCCUCAAACAAAAAAUAUGUUAUGAUGUACCAAAGAAAAGAUGUUUUAAAUGUUUUGUGUAGAAAAUGGACCUAACUAUGAAAGAAAUGUAUAAUGGAUUUUACAGAUGAGAUCAUAUUUUCUUGUAUUUUUUUUACCUGGCAAGAACAGAAAAUAAAUGGAACAUUUAUAAUGUC